AUGACCUCCCGCGUCGACAAGGCGAUCAACAGCCUGCGCCAAAAAUUAAAGGACCGUGACUUCUAUGACGCUCACCAGCAAGCGCGGGGCAUCGUAACGCGCUAUUACCUCAAGCAGUCGAACUACGAUGCGGCCGCCGAGCUUUUGGCUGAAUAUGCCACCGCUUUUCUGAGAGAGGGUGCUUCGGCUAGUGGUGGGGAUUUGGCAAUCAUGCUUGUGGAUGUCUAUCAGGAAGCGAAAUGGGAGAUUACGGGUGGCGAUGAUGACACUGAGGGCCGCGCUCGCAAGAAGCGCCUGAUCGAGCUCCUGCGCGAAUUUCCUUCUGAGGAGACGACUAGAAAGCGCUUCAUCCGAAAAAUGAUCGAAUGGAGUUCGGAUUUCGGGCCUCUGGCGCGAGGAGACCCAGAACUGCACCAUGCGAUUGGCUUAGUCUACGCGGAAGAGAAUGAGCCGUAUGACGCCGAGACACACCUCGUUUUGGGAACCUCCGAGUCGGCAGAGACUCUGGCCAAACUGGAGUACGAAUGGUACACCCACGACGAACCUCACACCGCGGCCCUAUACGCAUCGCGCGCUGUAUUCCCAUACCUCAUAACCGGAAACUUCCGUAGCGCGAACAAAGCGCUUCUGAUCUUCACCUCUCGUCUCUCGACGGCCAACCCCUCCUUGGCCGUGCAGGAUGUGAGCAGCUCCAGCUCCGAUGCUCGGGUGUAUCCGGCACUCCCGCUCCUCAACUUCCUGACUUUACUUCUGUUGACCAUUCAACGGGGAAGUGCAGACCUCUUCCGACAGCUCACAGCCCACUAUGCGGCACAGAUUCGCGAGGUCGGUAUCUGGGAUGAUUUCUUGGCCCAGAUUGGCGAGCAAUAUUUUGCGAUCAAGAUCCCACGCCAGGGAUCAAUCAUGGAUAUGAUGGGGAGUAUGUUUGGAUUUGGUGGCGCAGGAGCCCAGGAACCAGCUGGCGGAAGGCGGGUGAAGAAGGUCGAGGCACCCCCUCCAAGCAUGGAGCUCGACUAG